CCGCGCCAAAGACGCUCGAUUCCCGAACGACUAAUCUCUCGAGCAGCUGCGCGUUGAUUGUUACACAAAGUCCGCGAAACUUCAGAGAAAGUACUCACCAGGAACAUGGCGUCGCAUAUAACCGUGCUGAGCGAACCCUCGCCCGCACCCGAGGAACCAUACGACGCGGAGACGGCGUCCGAGAACGAGGAGGUAGACCAGCUUGCAGAUGCGGAAGAGGAAGUCCCCUCUAGUCCAGAGGUAGCAAAGGAGUUCAGGCUGCCGGGGACGUCGCUGUUCCCCUCAGACGUAGUUGACAGAGUAACACAAAGCCAUGGAGCAACGCAUACAGUUGGCAUGUCCCGCGAGGCAUCGUAUGUGCUGUCGAUCGCGACGGAAGACUUCAUCAAACGGUUGGUGCGGGGAGCCUAUGAAGAGGCGCAAGGAGAGCGGCGAAAUGUGAUCAACUAUCACGAUGUCGCCGCAACAACACAACAAUACCAGGAGCUCUUCUUCUUGCAAGAGACGAUCCCCCAGCCCAUGGCCCUCACCGACGCGCUCCGCGCCAGCGAGCAGCGCGAGAAGGAGCUCAUGAAUGAAGAUCCCGCCAUCGCGCCCGAGGCGCCCGCAGACGUCCCCUCCACAUACAUCUCCUCUGGCUACGCGUCCUCGAAAACGCGCCCAACCGUCGCGCAAGGUCACCCUCCCGCGCACCAAUCCCACCAAUCCCACCCACCCUCGCAAGCACAGACGCCGAUACAUACGCCUUCCCAUCAAGCGCAUACUGCGCCCCACCAAGGGCAUCAAGCCCAUACCUCCUCGCACCAGGCGCACUCGCGUGCCACGAACGGGCGCGCGAAGCGCGCGGAGGACGACCCGUACGCGCGGCGGCACCCGUAUAGGGAGGAUGUCUACCAGCACGCACCUCCGAUGAACCAGUAUCCCCCCACCAUGAACGGCAAUGCGAACGGGCACGCUCUCCCUCCCGUACCGCCGCCCCAGCAGCGCGCACGCCCGCCCGUCCCGCUGGCGCCUUCCGCGUCUGCCUCACCGGCGCCGAUGCCGCCGCAUGAGUACGGUGUCCAUGGCGAACGGGGGACUGGCGGGCCCAGCGAGCCGCCUUCUCGGGCGAGUCAGGAGAUCCAAGAUCAGCCGUAUGUGGUACCCCAGCCCCUCGACAGGCGCGCGAGCAGGUCGUCGAUGGGCCUCGACGCGCUAAUGAACCCCACGACGACAGAAGGGUUCGCGGAUGUCGACCAUGGGCGGACGAUAUACUCGCAGGAUUCAUGAUCUGAUCCUCGCUGCGUUCGCCGAGUUCCCUUUGCUUGUCGUCAUUGCGCCACCUUCUUAUUUCGUCUGUGCAACUCAGUAAUCAUAUUAUUCUGAAUCAUGCUGUCGAUGCUGCGAACAUGCAUGCAAGGGUGCCGUCGAUGACCGAAGGCUUAGAUUGUCGAUCUGAUUGCUCACGUCUACUCGCUGACACUCCCCUUGUUCUCGACGAGCCCGCAGACUGAGUGACAAAGUUUGCCACUCACUUACUCUCCGCCUCAUGGACCGGACCGGUCUUCUCUCUUGCACCAGCUCCCAACCCUCUCAUCUACACCAUCUCAUUGUCAGAUACGCGUCUCAUCUCCGCGUACGAACUGGCGUGAAUCAAUCACAGAUGAUCC